GUAGAUUUAGGCCCAGACCAGGGCCCCUCCAGUAGAUUUAGGCCCAGACCAGGGCCCUCCUCCAGUAGAUUUAGGCCCAGACCAGGGCCCUCCUCCAGUAGAUUUAGACCCAGACCAGGUACGUGCAGCAAAGAUGAUCUGCUUCAAUCCGGUGACAGUGAUCAGCGGUAAGGGGGGCUGUGGUAAGACCACGGUGGUGAGUCUCGUGUUCAAGGCCGCCUUGCAGCAGAGCCCAGAGAAGGAAGUCAGGAAGGCAUGCUGGGACUUUGAAAAUGACUCCUUGGGGUCUGAGGCGUGGGAGGAAGCCGAUGCGUGGGAGGAAGAAGCCCUGUCGAAGAGUCUCCUCUCUCAGUUAGAGGGGGAGGUAAAGGACGAGAAGAAGUCAUCGUCGUGGGUUUUACAGGGAGAGGACGAGGUGUUACUAACAGCACCCACAGGGAGAGCUGCGUCUCUGCUCACCAAGAGGACAUGCUUCAAGGCCUACACCCUGCACCAGGUAGUGUGGAGUUUCAUGCAGGCCAAAAAGGACCCCAGUGGGGCUCCUGAGGAGUGGAAGUUUGCGUGUGUGCGCGUGUUGGUGGUGGACGAGGGCAGUCUGGUGUGUGUUCAGCUCCUCCACUCCGUCCUCACCAUGCUCACCAAACACGCACAGCUCAGGAAGUUUGUCAUCUUGGGUGAUGUGCGUCAGCUGCCCAGUAUCCAGCCAGGAAACACCUUGUAUGACCUGUUCCACAGUCUGGGCCGAGCCCAUUGGGCCAUCGAGAUGAGGACCAAUCACAGAGCUGAGUCUCAACUGAUCGUCGACAACGCCGGACAAAUCGCAGAGAUGGGGAUGAAUCGUAGUUUCAGACCGCUCCACUACGACGCCAUCUUGGAUCUGAAUGGAAGCUACACCAUGCCCUCUGAAGACAAGAGGUUCAUCCUCAUCCUGCUGCCCAACACCACCGAGGACUCUGACUAUGACCUUCAGGUGGCUAUCGAACUCUUAUUGAAAGCUGCUCCAGGACUGAAGAAUGACGCCACGUCACAGUUCAUUGCCUUCAGAAGGAUGGAGUGUGCCUUGAUCAAUGAGCUUUGCUGCAAACAUUACUGCGACCACCGCACCAAAAACAACAAGAACCGACUAGAUUUCCAGCCGAGAGAUAAAGUCUGCUGUACAAAGAACGGCUACGUCACAGACAGGAACAAGGAAGUGUCUCCUGAAGCAGAGGACUUGGAGAACGGCUACGUAUCUGACAGGGCCAGGACCAAGCAGAGACUUCCUGGUCUGGACGGAGGGGAGAGACUGAGAGGGAACGGGGCCACACAGAGAGACGGCAGUGGUGACAAAAUGAAAAGCAAAGAGAAGAAUAAAGAGCGUCUGUGUAACGGAGAGAUAUUCUUUAUUAAACAUGACGUGACAGAGGAGGAGGCGGGCUCUCAGCGGAGCAGGAAGCAGAGGUACUUGACUCUGGAUGAUGGCGACGGACGGAUGCUGUGUGUUUCCUUCAGGGAACUGCAGAGAGAAUGUAAACUGCAACACGCCUGGGCUAGGACCAUACACACCUUCCAGGGGUCGGAGACCGAGACCAUUGUGUACGUGCUGGGUAACGGUAGCGUCCAGACGUGGAAACACGUGUACACGGCUGUGACACGGGGACAGAAGCGUGUAUAUGUCAUAGCCAAGCAGGAGGGCAUGGCCUCCGCCAUCAAGAGACGCAUCAUCCCACGUAACACCCGGCUGGGAACCCUGGUCAAAGAGCUGCUGGUCCAGCCUGGGGCUGAGGGGCAGGACCAACCAGACCAGAACCAACCCCAGCCGGGUACACCUCGCAGGGCAGCCCCAGGCUUCGGGCCUACACAGACCACUCCUCUGGGCUCACAGACACCUAGCUGGUCUCUAAGGACCCCCUACAAAACCCCUAUAGCAGCACCCAGACUCCCCUCUACGCCCAGUGUAGCAGUCCCACUUCACGUCAAUUGUGUCCAGUCCCACUCAACGUCGGGCCUACCCAGGAAGCUGUGGAGAAAUGAGCCUCCAACAGCUCCUCAGGCAGAUGCCUCAGACACCUCUCUAAUGGACGACAUCACUUUCAGUCAGGCAUAUACCUGGUCGCCUAUGAACAGCAGCUCUGAGGACCCCUCUCAGGAGCAGCCUGGGUCUUGUGAGGAGGAGGAGGAGGAAGGGAUCAAGAUGGAGGCUAGCAGCAGCGCUGUAGAGGAUGGACACAUGGGGAAGGGUUCAUAUUUAGCUGCUCGGUCUGGGGUUGAGCGCACCCCUUCCAAGAGGACGCUCGGUCCUGACAGUGAGAAACAGAAUGUGACUCCUCAUAAACAGAUCAAG